AUGUUCAACAAUCUCAUCUCACAAGCCGGGCAGAUGCAGCUGCACGGCGUGCCGAACGACAUGCUCCAAGCCAUGGCCGGGGUCGCCUGCGUAAUUUUUGGGCCCAUCAUCCAGGCACUGUACAACUUCCUGGCGAAACGCCGCAUCUCGUUCGGCCCCAUGGCUCGCAUAGCAGUGGCCUUUAUCAUCUGCGGCGUCGGGAUGGGCUAUGCCGCAGGACUGCAGAAGAUGAUCUAUAAUGCGGGUCCCUGCUUUGACGCACCUCGCGCAUGCGCUGCUUCAGACGGCGGACGCCUUCCUAACGGAGUUAAUGUCUGGUUGCAGCUUCCGGUCUACGUGGCCCUAGCCAUUGCCGAAAUCUUUGGGUUGGUUACAGCGAGUGAGUACGCGUACUCCAAAGCUCCGAAGAACAUGAAGAGCAUCGUGCAGGCCAUGGUCCAGCUCAGUGCGUGCCUUGGCUCGCUAAUGGCCAUGGCGCUAAGCCCAGUCUCGCGGGAUCCUCAUCUUGUCGUAGUUUACGCUGUCAUUGCGGGAGUCAUGGGAGCCUGUUCCGUGCUGUUCUGGUGGAAGUUUCAGAAGUAUGACGCCGUAGACCGCGAGUUGAAUGAUCUGGUAGAUGAAGAACGGGAGUCUGGCGUGGCAAGCACGCAGGAAGAUACCAAAGAGCGCACUUAG